UGUUUGCGCGAACUGUCGGCAUCUCCGGCUUGUGAUCCCGAAAGGUUAUUGUAAAGCACUUGCAGCAAUCCGUUUUAUUAUGCUGUUCUCAUAAAUACUGCCGAAAUGUGAAGCAGCUUGUUUUCAGCGAAACCGUUGUAGUAAUGCAAAGUCUCCAAACAGAAUGAUUUGUUACAGUUGAAACAUUUCAAAGUUGUUACUUGGGAGUACUACGGCAACACAAAAAAUGGUAGACCACAUUUUUCAUCGAAGGCCUAGCAAAUCAGCGCAGAAUAUUGUGCAUGCUUAUUCGUGCGAUACGCUAAAUUCUGCCUUCAGUUAUCCUCAACAGCGGGACAAAGACGAUGUCCACAGCAUUUCCGCCGCUCCAAACCAUGAAAAAAAUCAACAACAAGAAGAACGUGGACAAUGGGGAAAUAAGGCAGAAUUUGUCCUUUCCUGCAUCAGCUUAUCGGUCGGACUUGGAAAUGUGUGGAGAUUUCCUUACCUAGCGUACGUAAAUGGCGGAGGAGCAUUUCUGAUUCCGUAUAUCUGUGUGCUAUUCCUGGUCGGGAAGCCGAUGUAUUUCCUAGAAAUCGCUCUGGGUCAGUAUUAUUCGCAGGGUCCGGUUAAAAUCUGGAAGCGGAUCGUGCCUGUUGCAAAAGGAGUUGGGGUGGCCCAAGUAUUGGCGAGCCUAUUCGUUGCCAUUUACUACGUGGUAAUUAUGGCAUGGACUAUGUAUUACUUCUGGUCAACACUGAUAGCAGCCUGUAAGGGUGAGCCGGUUCCAUGGGCGACGUUUUGUGACAACGAAUGGGCACACAAACCAACGUGUAUCCAUCCCGGAAAAGGGGAAAACGCUGCCGAACAUGCGUUGACCAUCACCGGAUAUCAUAUUCCUGUUGUGAUGUUCACCAAUUUGACUAGUGCCAUGUCCAGUAAAAUGGUUUCAUCCAGCCAGCAGUAUUUUGACCGAUACGUACUCAUGAAGUAUGACAAAGCGACAAAUUCUGCGCAUUCGUUAAGUAACCUUGGAGCGAUUAAUACGGAAAUGUUAGGCUGUCUGGCGGCAACGUGGGUUAUCGUUUUCCUGUCACUGGUCAAGGGAGUAAAAUCAUCCGGAAAGGUCGUGUAUGUCACUUCUUCCAUGCCCUUUGUCGUGCUCAUCAUCCUUCUCAUUCGAGGUGCUACUUUAACAAACGCUGUGGAUGGAAUUCUGUACUUUGUCGUGCCGAAAUUUGACAAGAUCCUUAGCAUCCAGACCUGGAGAGCAGCAGCGGAGCAAAUGUUCUUCUCACUCAGCGUAGCGUUUGGAUCCUUAACUAUGCUCGGGUCCUACAAUAAAUUUAAUAAUAACUGCUAUCAAGAUGCUCUUAUUGUAUCAGUCCUGGACUCAGCAACUAGUGUGACCGCCGGCCUGGCAAUGUUUUCCGUUCUGGGAUUUUUAGCUGGUGAACGGGGCGUCGGGGUGGAAAAUGUCAUCGCUUCCGGACCAGGACUGGCGUUUGUCACCUUUCCAGAAGCGCUGAACCAAAUGCCGGUGCCUCAUCUUUGGGCUAUACUUUUUUUCAUAAUGUUAUUUACGCUCGGGCUGGGAAGUGAGAUUGGUUUACUGGAGAACUUUCUGACGUAUCUAUUUGACACAUUCCCAUCAUGGCGGCCCAAAAAGCCUUACGUGGUCGGGAUAAUUUGUACUGCCUGCUUUCUUCUGGGUAUCAUGUUUAUUACACAGGGCGGUGUGGAUCUGUUCGACAUUUUUAAUGAGUACUCUGGCGGAUAUUCGGUGCUCUUUGCUGCCACACUGGAGAUAAUCUGUGUCAUGUGGAUAUACGGUAUGAAGAGAUUUCUCAAUAAUCUUCGAGAAAUGCUAGGGAAACCCGGAGAGGUCAGCUAUUAUUGGAGAUGUGCUUGGUCAGCUCUGAGUCCAGUGACGCUGCUGUUCAUCCUUGUCGUAUCCUUGGUUUCGUAUAAAACGCUGAACGAGAGUUCCCAUGGGCAUUUUCCAUUAUGGGCCGACGCCAUCGGAUGGAUUCUAGCCGGGAUCGGUAUCCUGCAGUUUCCGGCAUGGGCAGUUUAUGUGUUUAUUAACACAAAAGGAGAUACAUGGAAAGAGAAAUUCAUAAGGAGCAUCUGGCCGGACGAUCGGUCAGCUCCACCCACACCACCUCCACAAAAUUUCAACCUCCAUACGCUACCGCGCGAUGCUUUUCCAAAUGAAAAUGCCAUUACGGAUAUUCCUAUAUCCUUCGCAAAUUACGGGUUCCAAGAUGAACGCACGUUUUAAAAAUAAAAUUAAUAUUCGUGAUUUUUUCUUCACUAGAUAUGAGUAUUUGUUAACUUGUUUGCUUUUCGCCCUAAGGAUGACAUUGUGUUGCUCACAAAGAAGCGUAUGCAGAAUGCUUCUCGAAGUUUUUUCCACCUUGUGAAAGACAAACCCCAGAUGCAAGCAAAGCGCACCAGAAGACAACAAAUGCAUAAAUUU